ACCAGGAAGCAGUUGUUUAUAUUCCGCCGGAGUCAGCUGACUUGCAUUAGGCCUGUAGAUCUGCACAAUAAACUAAAAUAAAAUGCCCCAAACUACCUGUAGAUGAACGCUCUAUACUUACAGGUGCCAAUAGCUAAUAGUUAACCUAGCCUCUAGCUAAUAACAUUUUGUACAAACGAGAAGAAUUAACGCAACAUAAGAGAAUCUAACGAUGGACAAGAUUGCUAAAGAUGUUGGUGACAUCAAGUCUCGCCUGUUGGACCACAGACCUGUCAUCAAUGCAGAAACUCGCUUCUUUGUCAAAGAGUUUGAGGAGAAACGCGGAAACAGGGAGAGCCGACUGCUGGAGAACCUGAACAAGAUGGUGCGAGAGGCCAACGAUCAAAUUGAAUCCAUGAACUUAGAGGAAACAAACCAGCAGCUUUCUGACAUUAUUAAACGGUUGGAAGCUGCCAACCAUGUGGCAGAAAGAGUCCAGCAGAGGGAGCUAGAGGCACAAAAGGGCAGCCAGCUCCAGGCGAACAUGGAGAAACUCAAAGAGGACUGGUCAGAGUUUUUGAAGGAGCAGCAGGUAUUAAAGGAAGAGGUGGAUGAGGAGCACGCCAAGGCAGUGGGAGAACUUGGCACUCGUUUCAGUGAAAAGAAGAAAGACUUGGCCCAGUAUUCAUUCAUCUGAGGAGUCUGAAAAGGGUGUGUGUGUGUGAAAACUGCUCCCUCAUUAUAUGAGGAGGUCACUACAGGUGUGGACAUCUGUUUUUUGCUUGUUUGAGGUUUUCUGUCGGAAAAAAACAGCAGAGAACUCUUAGCCACAAAUAUGGGCUAAAACUUGCAUUUUACAGGCCGUCAACGUCUUUUUUGGUCAUCAUUAUCGACGAAAACGACGUUUUAAAGAAGUCCUAAUAAAAGACGUCACUUGCAAAAUCUUUCAGUUGUGCCUUGGCUGGGAAAUUUUCAACAUUUCGGAAUUUUUAAUAGCCUUUGCUUGAAAGGUUUUUCAAGAUAAAUGGAUUUUUGAAAAAAGGAAAGAGUUUGGCGCCAUAAUGAAACAUUUUAAGAGUUUUUAUUGUUUGAAAUGUUUCAGAAGACAAGUUUAAAUUUGAGACCAUCUCAUCUGUGAGCAGGAGUUUGUACAGGAAAAACGUUGCUUUGUUUAAUAAAGCAGGAUCAUUUCUCAAAUGAG